AUGCCUCCAAAAAAACCUGACGAGCGAGUCCUCCUCGACAAAUACGAUUAUUUGUCAGAACGCUUGACUGCCCUGAUUGCCAAUGCCGAAAGCAAACUCUCUAACGAAUGCCUUCCUGAUGUUGCAAGAGUUCUCUCUACUACGAUUCUCGGAAUGAUCGAUCAACUUGACGAUACUUACAUGGAAUGGCUUGCUGCAUCGACCUCCCAAUCGGAUGAAACAGUUACCGAAAUGAAAAAAUCUCAUAAUAAGUUGGCCAUGAAAUGUGACGUCGUCUUGAUUUCUUUGAACGUUACUGCCCUUGACAAUGCAAAUGUGAAACCGCAAAAAGACGUGCAAAAAGACAGACUGCCCAAAGUAGAAUUCAGGCCCUUCAACAAAACCCAACCAAAGCUUUGGUUUGAUCAAUUGGAAAUUAUUUUCACCUCGUCAUCUAUCAAUUCGCCGGAACAAAAAUUUGCCGCCCUUCUCAGGCUUUUGGAUGAUACGACCGCCUCACUCCUCAGUACGAUCACGAGAACCAAGGCACCUACUGCAUAUGAUGAUGCAAAAUCUCUCCUCUUAAAGGAAUUCCAAUUAUCAAAAUACGACAGGGUAAAAGCAUAUCUUGAAUCUACCCCCGGCCCGGACGAAAAGCUGACGAUUUUCCAUUCUCGUGUUGAAUCUUUAACGGAUGGUCUUUCUUUCGACGAUAUCGAAAAGUUUUGUCUUCUCCGCCAUGCGCCCGCUGCAGUACGUCUUCAACUAUCGGGUGCAAACUUUGACAAAACGCCAUUGAUCGAUCUCUUGGUCGAGGCUGAUUCUCUUUCACAACGGGCAAAUCUGGAUGCUAACGUUAUCGCUGCUGUUCAAGGAAAACCAAAGAUUUCAAACGUUUGUAAUUUUCAUAGAAAGUUUGGCAAAGAGGCCCGCACAUGCACGGGCAAAACACGUUGUAAGCAAUGGCAGCAAGGUCUUCGAAUCGCCGGAAUGUCCAUCGAGGAUAAGGGAAACGAAAAUGGCACGCCUUCGCGAGGGUAGACGGCUGCCAUUCAUCCGGACCCUCAAAACCUCAAACAACUAAUUCUUUGUCACCUCCUUUUGUCGCCGGUAAAUUCCUCAUCGAUUCCGGAUCGCCUCUUACUAUAAUACCAGCAUCCUUGGAAGACAAGCUGCAUCCAUCCAUCGACACGGGCUUGCAAGAUGCCAGCGGUGGUAAAAUCCUUUCUUUCGGAAAAUGUUUUGUAAAUAUUCCAAUCGACGGCAACUUGAUUCCUUUUGAGGCAACGCGAUGCGACGUUAUACGUCCAAUUCUAGGCCGUGAUUUUUUCGAAGGUCCUGGAAGAAAUUGGUUAUUGGAUGUUGGAUCGGCAAAGCUUAUAAAAAAACCUGAAUCUCCUUACCUUGGCAUUCCGAUAUCAUUUAACUCGAAAGCUAUCUGUUCGCUGGUUAAGCCGACGUUUAAUCCAGCCGCCGUUCCGUUCCGCCCUUCUUCAGACAUUUCUUCAUGGAAAAUCCAAGCUCAACAGCUCGUGGACAACUUCGUGAAAGUCAUCGGCAAAGACGACGGCUCCUCCCCCUGCCUUUUCGCGCCGAUCCGCAUUGACACCGGCGACAAAGCACCUAUUUUCUCCAAAUUUCGUCCACUCACCGGUGAAAAGGCUAACUUCGUUAAAGACAAAUUGCAAGAACUUGUCAACGCUGGUAUCAUCGAAGAG